UUCUGGGCGAUACCGAAACGUUCUCGUUUGGUAAUUCAGUGUCGCUUUGCAGUCGAAUCAUGAAGUGUGCAUACAUCUUCGUACUAGUGCUAAGCUUAUUCGUGGUGACAAUGGCCAAUGGCCAAGCCACGAGUGACAGGUUGUGGAAGAGCUUACACCGUGCCCGUAGAUCUCAGGGUCAAGUAAACUACGGAUUUCCGACAUUUCCCACCUGGGGUCAGGGAUCGCAGCUCGGUGGCGGCCAGGGACAGGGGCUUGGUGGCUUCGGACAGGGCGGUCUCUUCAGUCGGGGCGAUUUUGCUGACUUGAUGCCAGAUCCGUCACAGUUCAAGGGGAACCAAGGAUGGGUCACCAAAAGCUGUGUUUACGACGAAAAAGGAAAGGCAAAAUGCGUAGAAAAGAAGGGCGAUA